AUGGGAAAAGCAACAGUCAUCUUGUCGAGUGCCUUCCUCGCUAUCGGAGGCUUCUUGUUUGGUUAUGAUUCUGGUAUCAUCGGAGGAGUAAUCUCCUUCCCUCAGUUUAUCGAGUACUUCGACAACCCCAACAGCACAGUCACCGGUGGUAUCGUCUCGACCUUCCAAGGUGGAGCUGUUUUGGGUACGAUCAUCAACAUGGUCAUCGCCGACCGCCUCGGUCGCAAGAGGACUAUCGCUGCAGGUUCGAUCGUGUCCUUGAUUGGCUGUGUUCUGCAGGCUGCGGCCGUUAAUAUGGCUAUGCUGAUGGUUGGAAGAUUCAUCGCAGGCGCUGCUGUUGGUAUGCUCACCUCGACUAUCCCCAUGUAUGCCGCCGAGAUUUCCGAGUCUAGGUACAGAGGUGCUCUCUCGGGUGCCCUCCAGUGGUUCUUGUCUUGGGGCUUCUUCGCUGCUCAAUGGAUUGGCUAUGGAUGCCAGCAUGUCAAAGGACCCUUCUCUUGGCGCUUUCCUCUAGCAUUCCAGUGCAUUCCCGCUGUCAUCUUGGUCUGCGGUAUCUGGUUCCUGCAAGAAAGUCCCCGAUGGCUUUGCGAGAAAGAUCGCUGGGACGAAGCCAGAACUGUUCUUCAGAAGCUACACCACGAUGGAACUGCUGAGACCGACCAACGCAUCGAGCUUGAGUUCCGCGAGAUCAGGGAUGUCAUCGAAGCCGACCGCCUCAACAACUCGACCUCCAUCAGCAAGAUCUUUACCAAACCCAGCUGGCGUAAGCGUCUCCUGCUUGGAUGUGGUGUACAAGCCUUCGGUCCUCUCAGUGGAAUCAACGUCAUCAACUACUAUGGUCCUGAGAUUUAUAAGAUCCUCGGAAUCGAUAACUCAACCUCGCUCAUGAUCAUUGGUAUCAGCGGAUCGCUCUCCAUCGUCUACUGCACCAUCGGCCUUUGGGCACUCGAACGCUUCGGCCGUGUCAAGCCCCUCAUUAUCUCGGCCGCCGGCCUUGGAGCCGCUCUCGUCUGCAACGCCGCUAUGUCCCAGACCCUCGACCCCAGCAACGGAAACAUGCUUCGCGCCAUGGUCGCCAUGAACUUUGUCUUCUCACUGUUCUACACUCCCCUUGGCAUCAUCUCUUGGGUAUAUCCUGCUGAAAUCUUCCCCGUUGAGGUUCGCGCUUUCGGCAAUGCGACUACGACGUUCACGAACUGGGUACUCAACCUCAUCUUCGCUCAGUUCAGUCCCCAGGCACUGAAGUCGAUUGGAUUUCGCUACUUCUAUGUCUUCUUUGUGUUUAACAUGAUUGCUAUGCUUUGCUACAUCUUCUUCUACCCUGAAACCAAGGGCAAGACCCUGGAGCAGAUGGACGAGCUGUUUGGUGAUCAAUUGGUACCUCAUGCUCUCGAGGAUCCUAAGGGAGCUGCCAUCGCUAUGGAGAAGAACAACAUCUCGAUGCAUGAGGAAGUUUUCAGGGUGUAG